AUGUCGAACUCGUCGGUGGGCUCGCUGUCGUCGUCGUUGCUGUCGUCGUCGUCGUCGUCGUCGGUCGAUCGGAUCGAGUUUGGCUCGAACUCUGUCUGUGCCGAUACGGGAUGCGCGCCAGAUCAAGGCGAAGCUGUCAAGAUCGUGCGGGGCCACGGCAAGGUCAACAAGACGCCGCAAGUUCGAAUCAUGGCCUUUGGCGACUCGCUGACGGCCGGGUAUCGCACGACGUUCCAAGAGUACACGCCGUAUGCGGCGACGGUGGAGGCCGAAGCGGCAGCUGCCGGGCUCGAUGGCGUCAAGGUUGAGGAGUGGGGCCUGCCGGGCGAGAUCACCGAGGCCAUGACCCACCGUAUCGACGAGGCUCUGGAGAUGGCCGGGCUUCCGGUCUACGACAUCGCCAUCAUCCUGGGAGGAACCAACGAUCUCGCUCGCCGCAUUCCGCCGGCUGAUGUUAACGCCAACCUCGCACAGAUCCACGCCAAGUGCCACGCCGCAGGCAUCCUCACCACGGUCGCACUCGGCAUUCCCGAGCACUAUCAGAUGCACAAGUUUGGUGGGACGUUUGCAACGGCGCGAGCCGAGGUCAAUCACUUUCUGGAAAGCGAGCUGGCCGCCUCGACCGACGGCAACGUCAUUUACCUCUCGCUCGACGACGCCGUCACCUACUUUGAUGCUGACGGACUCAAGCGCCACGAUGCCGAGCUCUUCUGGGCAGGCAUCCACUUUACAGCCGCCGGAUACGAGCGGAUCGGCAAGUUUGUCUUUGACGCUCUCCUGCAGCGUGGCCUGCUCUCGCAGCCGUGAGCUCAGCGCGGCGCCACAGCCUCACCAAACAGCCGUACCGCGUUUGCGGUCGACGCCGCCACAAGCUCCUCGGCGGUCACGCCCAUGCACUCGGCGACGGCGACAGCGACAUACGGGAGGUACGCGGGCUCGUUGCGGCCGCGGCUUGGGAUGGCCGCCACGCCGCGCGGCUUGAGAAACGGCGCGUCGGUCUCGAUGAGGAUGCGGUCGAGCGGAAUCGAGGCCACCAGGUCGCGGAGCGGCCCACCACGACGCUCGUCGCACACCCAUCCGGUGAUGCCGAUGUACGCCCCGAGCUCAAGGUACGCCGCAAGAGCCUCAGGCGGCGAGGUGAAGCAGUGAACCACGCCGCCGGCUGGGAGCGACGGCCAGUACUCGGCGAGGAUUUCCACAAACGGCUCCCAUG